GAUUCAUCGUCAUAUAAUUUGCUUCUAUUCCAGUUUUUUUUCUCAUGCACAUACAUGUCAUACAUAUAUAUAUAUAUAUCGUAGUAUCUCUUUGUCUGCAGAGUAACUCAAUUAGAAUGCCAAUAGAAAAUUAACAAUGCAACAAGUUCAAUCCAGUUCUAAUAAGAGACUACUUGGUUUAUACAUCUUAAGGUGACAAAAAUUAGAGAAUCUACCUAUCUGAAUAGUUUUAUCUAUAACGUGUGUACAUUUACACACACGCCGUACGCGACCAUGUGUACGGGCUGAUCGAAGCACCAUCUAUCAUGUCCGUGUACAUAGCUGAAGACACGCGUGUGUAAGUAACAAAGUUGCACUAAACCGAAACGUAUGUAUACGUGCAUGACGUACGAACACAUCGCACACAUAACGGUUUAAUUUGUUCGGAUGCCGGCGACAGCGCUACGAUCAUCGCAUUAACACUUUACACGACGGAUUGUUGGCCCUGGAACGGAUCCGUCGAAAAAAGGUCGUGAGGAAAUCGAACGUCGGACGGUGUUGCGAAAACGAGUGAAUCUUUCCGCGCGACGUGAGCGUGAGGAGGCGCGGUUCGGUGGACAGGGCGCCAGGGAUCCGAGGAUACGAACCUGAUCCAUCUUAAGCGCGGUGGGCCGCCGCGCUGGUGGGCCUAGCAGACGACAUGUUGGCUGCAGGGAGCACCUCGUCUCGGAUGUUUUGGCCGCGAAUUUCCUCGGGGAUUGUUGAGUGAGGAGAGUGAGCGAACGCGGUGAAAGCGAGGUGGACCGAGAGUAAAACCGGUCGAGGGUGUGCGCGAGAGAGGGCACACGGUUGGGUUCCCCGAAUGGUGGUUGCGACGAGCCGUGGUCGUCGACGAGAAGCUUGAGGAGAGGGGUACGGACUAGUGAGCGGGGCGGGGGAGGAGGGGGAACCCGGACGAGCCCUCGAAAAAUUGAGGAGUCAACGAAACGAAAAUUCGCAAGAGAUAAGGGAAAAACGACGUGAACGAAGAAACUCGCCGCGUUCGGAUUUUCGUCGCCACCGUACCGUCGAAGCCAGAAGAAACUACGACAAGAAGAUACGCCGGGGUAGGAGUGGGGAAGAAAAGCCGUGAGAGCGUAGAGAAAAUCGCGAUCAGCAAACAAGCUCGCUCGUGUACAUCAUCUUCUGCCUCGUCCACGGGAGCCGUCGAUUUCCGCAAGUUUCUUCAAUUUGCUCGAAUAAACGAGCCACCAGCGCACCCGGAGCCGAUCUAUUUUAACUUCUCGUUGUUCUGCCCGUAGGGUAGGGGCUUUGCUUGGUGAGGCAAGGCGAGGUCGGAGGAGCUGUCGUACACACGCGUCCGAGUCCCUUCCUUCUGAAACGAUUUCGCGUGUGUUUCGUGUUCGCGGGCCAUCACAGGAGGCGCAUCGGACAGUGCACGUCAACCUAUUAUCCCAGUCCCGGUCUUGCUCCCACUCUCGGCGAUUGCUCCGAGUGCCUCGUGCGUACUCCCCCUAUCACAACCUGCCGCGAGACACUCGCGGCCGGUUUCCGCCAGUGUUACGACCGGAGGAUUCGGAAGCGGCUCCGGUAUUCCAUCCUCAGUAUUUUAUCGUCGCGUUUCGCAAUAACAAGCGACGCUCGCCUACCUUACUCGGAGCGGAUCAAUUUAUUUAUCGGGCCAGGUGUCACGACCGAUUGCUCUCCUGAAAACUCGGCAUUCAUACACGCGGCGGACACCACCACCUACCGUUCUCAUCUGUUCUCCGUACAACUAUACUUCGAAACUCGAGCUCGACGCACACCGUCGUCGUCGUCGUCGUCGACGUCUCAUCAGCAUCAUCGACGUGUUGGACUGGCAGCGAGACCGUAGUCGAUCGUCACUGUGUAGCUAUGGUUUCGCGGGCAGUGCGAGAUAGUGAAAGAGCAGCCGUGAAGUGAACCGAGUGCCAGUGCAACUGAGAAUACGUAUUGCACGCGUAAUAGUUGGUGUCGUACGAAACGCGCGACAGGCAAAAGAAAAGACCCGGACCAACGGAGAGAUAAAAAGAGAAGGCCGGUAUAAGACCGAUCGCCGUAACGAUAGCAGGUGGAAACGAGAGAGGGAGAGAGCGAGAACUAGAAUUGGAGCAAGGAGGAACAGCAGACGGAGCGAGAGAGAAACAGCCAGAUAGAAGGACGAAGCUCGAGCGUGGAGAAGCGCGACACGGUGAUAGAUAAGUAUCGAGUGACAGGCACGGCCGGAACGAAGGAACGAACCAAGUGUUUUGCACGUGAGGAGGGAGCGAAUCACCAGGUACCGCCGGUGAUCGAAAGGGUUGCGAUAUCUGUCGAACGUCACAUUCGCGGGAGAUAAACAAACACGCGGCCGUCGCCGGUGGUGCUCGAGAGGCCCAGUGUGUUCUCUCUCUGGUCGUUUCGCGUGAGCUGGCACGGUGGUAAAGAUCGGUAUUUCCUCUGACAACGGGAACAACAAAGAACAACAGAAGUGGAAGGGAAAAGCGAAGAGGGUGAGCCGCGCGUGUCUCUCUCGUGGUGUGUCAUGGGGUGUUUUGGUAGCCAAAGCAGCAAGGCCAGCCAGGAUGACAUCAAGAACCAGAAGAGGCGCUCGGAUGCCAUCAACAGGCAGUUGCAAAAAGAGAAGCAUCUCUACCGGGCUACCCACAGGCUCCUUUUGCUCGGAGCGGGAGAAUCCGGGAAGAGCACCAUCGUCAAACAGAUGAGGAUACUGCACGUGAAUGGUUUCAGUGAAGCGGAAAAGCGGCAAAAGAUCGAGGACAUCAAGAAGAAUAUCAGAGACGCGAUACUGACGAUAACCAGCGCGAUGAGCACGCUAACGCCACCCGUUGCUUUGGAGGAUCCGGCGAAUCAGAGCAAAGUCGACUAUAUCCUGGAAGUUUCGUCCUCCCCGGACUUCGAUUAUCCCCCGGAGUUCUACGAAAUCGUCGAGGCCCUGUGGAAGGAUCGGGGCGUUUUGCAGAGUUACGAGAGGAGUAACGAGUACCAACUAAUUGACUGCGCCAAAUAUUUUCUAGAUAAGGUAGCCAUUGUUAAACAACCAGAUUACACCCCCACGGAGCAGGACAUCCUCAGGUGUCGAGUCCUCACAUCCGGUAUCUUCGAAACGCAGUUUCAAGUCGACAAAGUAAACUUUCAUAUGUUCGACGUCGGUGGUCAACGUGACGAGAGGAGAAAGUGGAUACAGUGCUUUAACGAUGUAACGGCAAUCAUAUUCGUAACCGCAUGUAGUAGUUAUAACAUGGUACUCAGGGAGGAUCCGACGAAGUUGAGACUCAGAGAAAGUUUAGACCUCUUCAAAAGCAUCUGGAACAAUCGGUGGCUCCGCACAAUUUCCGUAAUAUUAUUUUUAAAUAAACAGGAUCUAUUGGCGGAAAAGGUGAAAGCAGGGAAGCACAAAUUAGAAGACUAUUUUCCAGAGUUCGCACGAUAUCAAACACCGGUUGAGCCGGGUAUCGUGGCGGAUCCUUCGGAACCUCCUGACGUUAUGAGGGCCAAGUACUUCAUUAGAGACGAAUUUCUUCGUAUAAGCACAGCGAGCGGUGACGGCAAGCACUAUUGUUAUCCGCACUUCACAUGCGCCGUCGAUACGGAGAAUAUCAAGAGAGUGUUUAACGAUUGUCGGGACAUCAUCCAGCGGAUGCAUUUGCGCCAGUACGAGCUCUUGUGACUUCGUUCCUGCCGGCAUGUCCUGUCAUCUAUCCGUAUAAAAAUCACGAUAGUGCUCCGCGUCGAGCUGAACGCGAGUCGAGCAAGAGCCGGUCGUACCGCGGCGGGCGAUCCGUAACAAGUAUCGCGAACGUACGGCAAGUAUAAAACAUCGGCGCGUAGAGACUCUUCUUCGCGUAUGUCUCUGAUGCCGUUUUAAAUCAAGUUGCAAGAUGUUGAAGCGCGUCGAAGAAUCGCGCGUGUACGCAUGAUCAACGACCGUCGCGAGCCGCGAGUUCUUCUUCUGCUUCGACAGGGGAACGUUCCAAAGGAGAAGCUGAUCACGGAGCGGGUGGAAUCGCUUACUAUCUCAUUGGUGUACAAGCAAAUUAUGCCCUCGCGCAUCCUUACUCCAAACAAUCGUUUCGACGGAGAUGAUGAAAAGAAAUAAAACAGAGCAUCGGGCAUUUUCGAUAACUCGACUCCUCUUUUAGGUUUCAUCGAGAGUGUGCUGAACGUCGCGAUUUUCGUGGGGACGGGAGGAGGAGGGGGAGGGGGUUGAGGGAGGAUGAAAAUAAUAUUCGUUACUAGGGAAAAAAAAACACGUGCAAUUUUAACUAUUACCUCGUUAAUUUUAUUCUUAUUACGCAUCAAUUCGUUGAUAAGAGGGAGGAAAGGAGACAGGGAGAGGGAGGGAGAGAGAGAGAAUGUGGAGCGGGUGGAUGCGCGCGUAUGUGGACGAGAGUAAGAGACGUACGAAUGUUUCAAAGGGAAAAAGAAGAAAGAAAAAUACGUGGGCCGGUGUUACGAUGUGACACAUGACGGCGAUCGUGUAACGGCUCUUUCGUCCGGCACACUCGUCGCGUUAUUGUAUCACGUUCAGAUUUUAGCGUUAAGAACAUUUCCUAAGACUUAGGUAAUUUUCUCCGACGAAAAAGAAUCCUUAUCGUUAUCUGACGUUUCUUUACUCAUGUUCCGAAUCUCUAUUUUUCUUUUUCUCUGCCCCUUGAAGGAAGAAAGUGGAAAAAGGGGGGGAAACGAUUUAAUUAUUAUACACGAUCUCUCCGACGUUUAUUGGUAAAAUGAAUUAUUUUCGAACUUCCGAAUCUCGAAACUUUUUAAAUCGCAUUGGCCCGACCCGUAGAAGACUCAGCCGCACCUUUUUACAAUGAAGAGUAUUUUGUGAGAUUUUACAGUAUUUCGAAGAGCGUUUUAAUUAUAUAAACUAUGUAUCAAAUAUGUACAGGGUGACCGUCCACGAGUUCAUGUUUUUAUGUGCGUUUCCUAACGAAUCGAGAUUCCUCACUGAUAUCGUUUUUACUGAUUUCCAUUAAAGCUAUACUUUAAUUCGUGUACUUAGGGCACAUGUAUCAUCGUCAUUGUAGCCUAGUGUCUACAUGUAAAUUCCUAAACGUACGCAAAAGGGAGAGGAGGGUAAAAGGGAGAGAGAGAGAGAGAGAGAGAGAGAGAGGGGGAGAGUGAGCAGCAGCGAAAGAGAGAGGGGGAGGGAGGGAGCAACGUGCCACGGUCGAAGAGAAAUUCAUCGUUUUGCACGUACACUUUCGACCAUGGCAUCAGGGCUCCGAUGUUUACAACAAUCAAAGUAAAACGUUACGGACACACAGAGAGGUACCGAUGUACACGCUGCUCGUUCGUUCGAGUUCGUAACAGGUGAAAAAGAGUCCCGCGUCUAAGUUUCUCGAGUGACGAAAUGCUUCGUGUCCCGUGGAGUGUGCGAAGGUGAACGCGUGUGAAAUCUCGGUCGGUGCAUCCGGAUCACGAUACGAUCAGUCGUCGUCGUCGUCGGAACAUUUCUUAGGAUAAACGAACGAGCCUCCUGAACCAAAGUGCGAUGUGCGAAUUUCUUAUCUCACGUAACUGUUACUAUUUGGACACCCUGUAUAUGGUAAGCAUCCUAUCGUUUUCUUUAAAAUCUCGACUCUCUUGUCUUUACUACUUACUUUACUUUCACUUCUUUACACUUCUCCUGUUUUUUUUUUUAUUUCUCUCUCUCUCAAUUUCAUACUUGAACCCAAAGAAACGAGAGGGGUGUUUUGUACGCGUGUGCGAACCGCUUCGGAGGUACGCGCAUUGCAGCUAUUAUCUCGCACGUGCGUACACGUGCGUUCUAUUAUAAAUGCAUAAACUGGUGAAUUGAUAUAUAACGUAGCCACUAAAAAAAGAAGAAGAAGAGGAGAUUCGUCUCGGAACGGGUAUCCUCUCGUCCCCGUGGCAGUUCACCCCGCGUGCGUACACCCUCCUGCACCUGGAUUAAACUGCGGGUUACUGAUGUGUGUAACGUCUAAUACUUUUAUAAUAGGUAACGUCAGAGUUUAACGUCGAAUUAAACUGAUUAAAAAUAAGAAGUACGAGUAAAUAAGCCACGUCCCGGUGGUUUACAGCGGCGCGACGUUAAAUAUAUUCGGGCAUCCGGUCUUGCUAUCCUUAUUAUCGUCUUGUUCCAAUCCGAUACUUUUCUAAUCGAAACUCAGUAAUCGUUCCCUAGUAAACCGAACAGAAGAAUCCGAAUAGCUGCAACAAUCUUUUUUUAUUUCUUCUUUUCUUUAUAUACACCUUUCGUUGUCUCGCUGCACCCUUGCGAAAGUACAUUGGGUCGGCCGAGGCGCUUUCGAUCCUCGGGUUAAUUCAGUUUUUCACAACGGCACAAAUUUUCCGGACGGCCCAAUGUAUCGUUGUCUUCGUCUCUUCUCCGGUACGAAUCCUCUCGCGCUCGGCGAUGCAUGGGAUAAUUUCAUAUCUAUCUCUCUUUUGACCCGCUCGAACGGUGUUCCCGUUUAAUCACGUUUGAAACACUGUGGCCGUUGAAACGAUGAGGAUAGAAAUUCCGGACAUUGCAUAACGGUUGCUCCGUAAAUGCUGACGAGCCCACACCCUCGUAAAUGUACUCUCGUGUAAUAUCAAUGUACGGGCCCGUGUCUACAUACAUAUUAUAUGUAUACCUAUCGCACUAAUACAUAAACCGACAAGCCAUAGUUUGUAAACGGUAUUUAUAACUUUACGAAGUGUUAUUUUUACUGUAAAACUUGAUGACGGAUGUAGGAGUGCGGUGGCAAGGAUGCGAGGGAGCGAAAGGGAAUAUAUAAAAAAAUAAGGGAACCUGUGCGUCUAUACGAAUAUACAUAAAGCAUAAAACAUAAAUAAUUACCUGUCGAUGAAACAAACUUCCGUGAAACUUUUAAUGUUCACCCAGCACAAAGAGACGCGAAUCGUCGUUUCGUGCGCGCGCGUCUGUGUGUGUGUGUGCGUGUGCGUGCGUGUACAUGCGUGUAUGAACGGGUAUCGCGUAAUUAGCAUCGUUGCGAGUAUUCUUUUUUUUUCCUCGUCGUAUACGAUUUUUUUUUAAAAACGCGUUCGUUCUGAUUUCAAGCGCUCGCCACGUCGGACGGGGUAGUAGAGAAAGGAUCGACGUCCGCCUCGGUUGGUCGCGAUGCAAUAAAAACGCACGCAAAGGAAGAGAUAUAUUAUAUCUACUGUUUACUGCUCGUUGGAUGUGAACGAAAUCCGUAAAUGUAAUUUAUAAUUGACUGUUGUGCGCGCGUACGCAAGUGAGAGACAAAUAAAAUGAAGAGAAGUAUCGAAUUAAACGACCAUUACACGUGGCCAGAUAUACAUACAUGCGUAGAUAGUGAUUAUACGUGUAUACAUACGCCGAUCGCACAAGUUUUCGUUUCUUUUACUCUACGUACAAUGUACCGGGCGCAGCGAGUGUACUAUAACCGUGUACGCGUGAAAAACGACCGGUGCAAGUGAUUAUUAUCAUUUGUAAAUACGACUAGGACAGAAGACAAUGACGUAUCGAUGCUUCGACGAAGCCGAUUCGGAAUUGUGCGAAUGCAUUUAAAUCUCUCGAUGGUAGUCAAGACUUUUUUUUUUAAAACGUCUCAAGACUCCCCUAGUGUCGAGUCUACUUUUCUACGGAACACGUUGCUCUUUGUUCUGUCAUCCCAUUCGUGCAAUCUCAUUCGCGGACUGUGGUCGAGAGCAUUGCCUUAAGAAGCGAAAGUCAAAGUAGACGAGUGGGUAAGGUUGGAAACGAGUCACAGCAUUGCCGGCAAGUAUCGUUGAUUAAUUAAUAAUCGAAUGCUUGUUCGUUCAGGAAUGUGAAAUUACGGCCCGAUCGGUUACACGUUUCUAACGAGGCCACGUCUGCUCGUAGAUAGAUACAUACGCGUUUACGUUGAGAGUACAGAGUCAUUUAUUGUGAUCGUCUUAUCGUUACACUGUUAAAAAGAAAAUUGUCUUUACCACUUACUUAGUCAGAUUUUAUUGAAACGGAUCGUGUAGUUUAUAUUAUUAUUAUUAUUAUCAUCAUCGUCGUAUCACGCUCAUCGUCUCAUUCUCAUCGUCGUUAUUAUAUAUUGUCAUUAUUAUUGUGAUCAGCGAUUACUGCUGUAAUCAUUGUUGAGAGGAUAUAUAUUCGGGGGAGAAUCAACUGUGUCUCACUGAACGACCGCGAUCCGCCCUGAACACACCUAACCUUCUCUCGUCAAAGAAAAAUCUUAUGAUCGUUCGUCAGAUCGCGGUUCCGGUACGAUUCAGUGAGAGACAGUUUUCAAAAGUCUUGAUACAAGACGAAGGUCGGCUCGCGAACGACGUGCACAUCUGCGUACGUGCAUACGGAGGCUGGAUAAUCGUUUUGAAAGUUGGAAUUAAAUCGAUGACGCAUACGCGAAUGCAGCGGAAAGUCAACAGGCUAAAUCGUUUGAGAUUCGGUUAAACGACGCCGAUGCGUUUUCCAUCGUGAAGGUGCUACAUAUACUUCUUUCGAUUCUUGCUAAAUCGCAUUCGCUCCGGAACCGGAUAUGUCGAGGCGACGCGUCGCGUGCAUCAUUGUUUCUCUUUCUUUCGACUCUUCAACGUCUUCGUUGGCAACGUAGUGUUAAUCGAUUGCGUCAGGCUGCUACUCGCCUCGGAAAGUUCUUUGAACAUUUUCGCUGAUCGUCACCGCGACACAAUUGACGAGUGUUUCGUCGAUCGGAGUCGCGGAGCGUAGAACGAGUAAAUUUUCCAAAUCUCUUUUCGCUGGCCUGCGGAUGUUUUCUACGUGCAAAUUCAUUUCUCCGCGUUCGCAGUUCACCUCGGGUACCUUUUAUGUUCACGCGCAUUCCGGAUAUUUCUUGAUCAUUUAAGCACGCGAACAUCCACAGUCUACUUGUUCCGCGCAGUGAAAAGAACACGUUCCAUCGAGCUCUAUCUAGAAAAAUCUCGACGACCGUUCUCUAUCAUGAUUCCAAAACGUUUCCCGAUCGUGGAUCGUGCCUUUCUACAGUUCUCUCAAACCGUUUCGUUGAUUACUUCGUACUUGAUCGGAAAAUCGAGACUGCUUCAAUAGAACUCUCGGAGGACCGCGUCGAAGUGAUCUUACCGUCGACGAGAGCCCGUUCAUCCAUUGAUUCCUCGUUCGUUCGAUCGCCGGAUCUCGACGUAAGACCACUUGGACCCGAGGUCUCAUUAGGUAAAGAGAAAUAAUGAAGCGGGUGCGUGAAAGACAAGAGAAAGAAGCUACUUGUGCCUCGAGCGCGGCAACUAUCCUAUAUUCGUUGAACGAACAGUCGAGAGGAGAACAGAGCGAACGAUGUUCUCGACUGUCGCCACGUUAUUCUAUAAAACUAAUUUCUAUGGAAAUAUAUGUGUACGGUGGAUCGAUCGUCGAUGUUGUCCGAGAAUCGAACUUUUUUUCUAGUCUUCGUCAUCUUGCUCGCUAGGAUCCGGGAAACGAGAAAAAUAGAUACCGAAUACUUCUUCGAUGGUGUUCGAACCUUGGAGACCGGGGAACAUUCGAACGUUUUAUUGGUAAUCACGUCGGUCCUAGCGGUGAACGGGAAGGGCGACCGGGUCCCUCGAUCGUGUGCAUGUAUAUCCGCGCGGAAGAACGCGCGUGUACGGGGAGACUAAUUGCGACGGAGGAAGAAGAGAAAGAGGAGAGCUACCGACUCGUCAAUAAGUACGUUCCCCCGCCCCCAAGAAACAAAACCCGUGUUUUCUCCCUAAUUCUUAAUGAAUUCGUUGUUGCGUGUCUCUUAGAAGUAUGUUUAGCUGACAGAAAAUAAAGAAACAAAAAAUUUAAGGAAGAUGAAUUCGAUGCGCGAAACUCGAGAGCGAAAGGAGGGACCGUAACGUUCGUAAUGAGCGUUGAUUGUACACGUACGAAAACUACAGACGGACAAAAGUGAAGAAGAAAGAUGUGCGUGGUGUAAAUGAGUAAUUGAACAGGUGAAACUCGUUAGGAAAAAUGAAAUUCAAUGUUGUCUACCCCAUGAUUUUCUCUCUCUCUCCGUGUUACUAAAUGAAAAAAAAAAGACCACGUGAAAACGAGUACGAGGAAUUUUCUGUUUCAAAAUAAACCGUCUAGACUUAAUCGAGUUUUCACGAUGAUGGGACUGCACAAUAAAAAUAAAAUCGCAUCGGUGGAAAAUGGGAAAAAAAGAGAAAUUAACAAGCUGAUACAUAUUGCGUGAGAUGCAAUCAAAUGAAAAGAUAUGGUUACUAUAUAAAAUACGCGAACCGGUAUUGAUCGCCCGGCUCGUUUAGUUGUCGAUGCUAUUUAAGUAAGAAUCGUGGGGUGGACAUGUAGGUAUAUAUGAUAAACUGAUAUGCAUAUAAAUACAUAAAUAAAUAUAUAUAUUAUAUAUAUGUUAUAUAUAUUAUAUAUAUAUUAUUAUAAAUAUAAUUCAUUGAGUUAAUGCGAUCGAAUGCGAUACCGCGUGCGUGGCGAAACUAGAGUGUGCGUUGAGCAGAGAAGAGACCGAGAGAGAGAAUAACUCGAACGACUGUAAAUGUGUUUUUAAAUUACAAGAAGAUAAAAAAAAAGAUAUUUCAUUCUCAUUCUGUGAUGACUGUCUGAAUAUGGAGAGUAAACAAAAAAAAAAGAUGUUUUCAUGAAUCUAUGCUGAUUAAUCAAUUAAAUUAUUAUAUAGCGAGUAAAAAGGAAGGGUUCGACUCGUGUUGUACUGACUGCGCGAAGAGAAUAAAUAAAGGAGAGACCAUCUACGAGCGUAAAGAUAUACGUGCGUCUCGUUCGCUCGCGUGAACCAGACACGCGUUACGUACAUGGUACAGCGCGUGCCACGGCGCGUGUCGCGCGUGGAUCAUGUGCCGUGUUUGAGAAGAUGAGAUAUAAUGAAAGGGAGGACACGUACGCUAUAUCCGAAUGCAGAAGAGGAGAGCAGUAUGAUUUGUAUACUGUAUAACUUUAGUCGUUUACCAUUGAUUUCGAGAAAUGUGUAUAAAUUAUUAUGUGUAAUUAAACAGAGGUCAUUUAGUAA